GGAAGAAAAGAACAUGGCUCCUGCGGCGGGCAGCACCGAGGGCGGCGCAGCGCAUCCGCGCGCCGGGCGCCAGUGACCACGAUGGUGAACUCCAGCCGCGUCCAGCCGCAGCAGCCCGGGGACGUGAAGCGGCAGCCCCCGCCCCGAGCUCCCGGCCCGGGCCGGCUGAUGGCGGGCGGCGCGGGCCUCGCAGCCCCGGGCGGCCUCCGGGAGCAGCGGGGCCUGGAGAUCGAGAUGGAGCGCAUCCGGCAGGCUGCCGCGCGGGACCCUCCAGCGGGAGCCUCUGCCUCCCCUUCUCCUCCGCUCUCGUCCUGCUCCAGGCAGGCGUGGAGCCGCGAUAACCCGGGCUUCGAGGCUGAGGAAGACGACGACGAAGAGGAGGUGGAAGGGGAAGAAGGGGGAAUGGUGGUGGAGAUGGACGUGGAGUGGCGCCCGGGCAGCCGGAGGUCAGCAGUCUCUUCCACUGUGAGCUCUGGGGGCGCCCGCGGCCGGGGGCUGAGUAGCUACCACGGAUCUGGCCACCCGAACGGGAGGCGGCGCAGACGAGAGGACCAGGGUCCGCCGUGCCCUAGCCCGGUCGGCGGCGGGGACCCACUGCAUCGCCACCUCCCCCUGGACGGGCAGCCGCCCCGCGUGGCCUGGGCUGAGAGGCUUUUUCGAGGGCUGCGAGGUCUCUGGGGAACAAGACUCAUGGAGGAAAGCAACACUAACCGAGAGAAAUACCUUAAAAGUGUUUUACGGGAACUGGUCACAUACCUCCUUUUUCUCAUAGUCUUGUGCAUCUUGACCUAUGGCAUGAUGAGCUCCAAUGUGUACUACUACACCCGGAUAAUGUCGCAGCUCUUCCUAGACACCCCAUUGUCUAAAACAGAGAAAACGAACUUUAAAACUCUUUCUUCAAUGGAGGACUUCUGGAAGUUUGCAGAAGGCCCCUUACUGGAUGGGCUGUACUGGAAGGUGCAGCCCAGCAACCAAACAGAAGCUGACAACCGAAGUUUCAUUUUCUACGAGAACCUGCUGUUAGGGGUUCCACGCAUACGACAAGUCAAAGUCAGAAAUGGAUCCUGUUCCAUCCCCCAGGACUUGAGAGAGGAAAUUAAAGAGUGCUAUGAUGUUUACUCUGUCAGUAGCGAAGACAGGGCUCCAUUUGGGCCACGAAAUGGAACUGCUUGGAUCUACACAAGUGAAAAAGACUUGAAUGGGAGUAGCCACUGGGGAAUAAUCGCAUCUUACAGUGGAGCUGGCUAUUACCUGGAUUUGUCAAGAACCAGAGAGGAAACAGCUGCCCAGAUUACUAGCCUCAGGAAAAAUGUCUGGUUGGACCGAGGAACCAGGGCAACUUUUAUUGACUUUUCAGUGUACAAUGCCAACAUUAACCUGUUCUGCGUGGUCAGGUUAUUGGUUGAAUUCCCAGCAACAGGCGGUGUGGUUCCCUCUUGGCAAUUUCAACCUGUAAAGCUGAUUCGCUACGUCACCACUUUUGAUUUCUUCCUGGCAGCCUGUGAGACUAUCUUUUGUUUCUUUAUCCUUUAUUAUGUCGUGGAAGAGAUAUUGGAAAUUCGCAUUCACAAACUACAAUAUUUCAGGAGUUUCUGGAAUUGUCUGGAUGUUGUGAUCAUUGUGCUCUCGGUGAUGGCUAUAGGAAUUAGCUUAUAUCGAACAUCAAAUGUGGAGGGCCUACUCCACUUUCUGGAAGACCAGAAUACUUUCCCCAACUUUGAGCAUCUGGCAUAUUGGCAAAUACAAUUCAAUAAUAUAGCUGCUGUCACAGUAUUUUUUGUGUGGAUUAAGCUCUUCAAAUUCAUCAAUUUUAACAGGACGAUGAGCCAACUGUCUACAACCAUGUCUCGUUGUGCCAAAGACCUCUUUGGCUUUGCCAUUAUGUUCUUCAUUAUAUUCUUAGCAUAUGCUCAGUUGGCGUACCUCGUCUUUGGUGCUCAGGUUGAUGACUUCAGUUCUUUCCAAGAAUGUAUCGUCACUCAAUUCCGUAUCAUUUUGGGUGAUAUCAACUUUGCAGAGAUUGAGGAAGCUAAUCGAGUUUUGGGACCACUGUAUUUCACUACCUUUGUGUUCUUUAUGUUCUUCAUUCUUUUGAACAUGUUUCUGGCCAUCAUCAAUGAUACCUACUCUGAAGUGAAAUCUGAUUUUGCCCAGCAGAAAGCUGAAAUGGAGCUUUCAGACCUCAUCAGAAAGGGCUACCAUAAAGCUUUGGUCAAACUAAAACUGAAAAAAAAUACUGUGGAUGACAUUUCAGAGAGUCUGCGGCAAGGGGGAGGCAAGUUAAACUUUGAUGAACUUCGACAAGAUCUCAAAGGGAAGGGCCAUACUGAUGCAGAGAUUGAGGCAAUAUUCACCAAGUAUGACCAAGAUGGAGACCAGGAGCUCACUGAACAUGAACAUCAGCAGAUGAGAGAUGACCUGGAAAGAGAGAGGGAGGACCUGGACUUGGACCAUAGCUCUUUGCCGCGCCCCAUGAGCAGCCGCAGUUUCCCAAGAAGCCUGGAUGACUCUGAGGAGGAUGACGACGAAGACAGUGGACACAGCUCCAGAAGGAGGGGAAGCAUCUCCAGUGGGGUUUCUUAUGAAGAGUUUCAAGUCCUGGUGAGGCGCGUGGACCGCAUGGAGCACUCCAUCGGCAGCAUUGUGUCCAAGAUCGAUGCUGUGAUCGUCAAGUUGGAGACCAUGGAGCGGACCAAAGUGAAGAGACGGGAGGUGCUGGGGAGGCUGCUGGAUGGGGUGGCCGAGGAUGAAAGACUGGGUCGUGACAGUGAAAUCCACAGGGAACAGAUGGAGCAGUUAGUGCGGGAAGAGCUGGAGCGCUGGGAAUCUGAUGAUGCAGCUUCCCAGAUAAGUCACCGGCUAGGCACACCUGUGGGACUCCAUGGUCAGCCUCGCCCCAGAGGAUCCCGUCCUUCCUCCUCUCAGUCCACAGAGGGCGCAGAAGGUGGAGGUGGAAAUGGGAGUGCCAGUAUGCACGUGUGAGGAGUGUUGGUGUGUAUGUUCCUGAUAGGCGAGAAGGCGCUGUCCCAAUCGCCAUAACAAGUACACUAUUUAUAUGCCCUGAUUACCAUAUGAUGCUGGCCUAUGUGACUGAUUGUUAAUCUUCUGCACUUUAACUUAUUUUAUAUAAAUGUUACCCGUGAAUCCAAGUGUUUGUUUUUUGUUUGUUUGUUUGUUUUGUUUUGUUUUGGAUUGGUUUUUUGCUUUUUGAGGUUUUUUUUUCCCCCUCAUAUGAGAAAUCUAGAUGUAAAUAUUGAGUUCAGGGAAAAUCUUUGAAAAGUAUGUGGAGUGUAUGGUCAGUUGCCACCAUGCCUGCAUCUUCCCAAUUGACAGUGAAGUAGCCUUUAUAGCUAGAAGAGAACAGUCAAAGGUCUUCUGAGUUUACUUCCAUUCACAAAAAUCAGUAUUGCCACUUUUGUCCAGUGUAUGAAAGCAGGUAGGAUAUUCCUCUCCACUUGGGGAGUAACUCAUGAGCUCAAUGCAUGGAUUUCUUUUUAAAAAGGAUUCUUUUUUUUUUUCCAACUACCUUACUGGAGUGAACUUUUCUAAAAGACUAGGUAGAAAAGAACUCCAGACCACAGAAUGGGUAUGUAGUCACUAUGCUAGAAUUUGUAUGAGUGGUUAAGAUAAAUGUUAAAUACUGUGCUUUUAUUGUUUGUUUAUAUCUAAAAUCUGUGAGACUAUCAUUUCAUUUUUAUAUUAUAUUAGCUUUGAAUUUGAAAUAGCCAAGAAAACCACCAAAGACCAAUUUGAAGAGGAAAUGGUAAUUUCAAACUUUAGUUUUAAAAUUCAUUAAACCACCAACAAAACUAAAGUUUCAGUUUAAUACUCUCUCAAGAAUAUAGUUCUCAAAUAUUCCUGAUCCAAUAUUGAUAAUGUAAAUGAUGCUUAAUUUAGUAAAAAGGAGGCAUUGGUAUUCAAAGUUCAUCCUUUGUCAGAAAGUACCAGCCACAUUUUGAGUUAGCAUCAGUUGUUUUCAAUAGGAAAGGGUCUUGCAAAAUUUAUGGGAGAAAAACCUAUUUCUCAAAAAAAAAAUACAAAAACAAAUUAUUUUUCAAAAGUAGUGGGAAAUGUGGCCUUUUGAUAGCUAAUAGGACCAGCAAGGGCAAUGUAAUAUUGUUGAGCAUCUCUCAGUUGGAUAACAGAAGGGAAUCCUGCUUUUUAAUGCUGCAUCUUAAGUAGUUCAUUCCAUUGGUGGAGUAUGUCAGUCAAAUCUCUAAUGAAAAGAGAAGACAGGCCUUUCUGCCAUAGUGUCUAUAGAAAUAAAACAUAUUGAGUGUCUUUAACAGUCAUUCCCCAUGGAUUUAUCUCUAUCUGUCUUUACUUUGUUUUAACAUGCUACACCAAUUCUUUAUUCCUAGGUACUGAAAUUUGCAUUCCAGGGGAAUGGAGUGUACAUAUUUAUGUUUGUGUACCUUGUUGUUACAUGUAAACAAACUUCAGUUUGAAGUGCAACUAUUAUGUGGUAUCCAUGUAUAUUGACCCGGUGCCAUAGGUUGAUUAUGGUCACUAGAAACUCUUUUUAUGGUACUUAUCAUUGUACUGUUUUUCAUUUCACUUGUAAAACGUGGUGAAAUUCUUUUCUUAUUAUCCAUAAGUUCCAUACAUUUUUAUUCUUUAGUCAUGGAGCAUUCAGUCCCAGCCCUUUCCUUAUCACCUUCCCACCUCUGUAUGACAGGAAUAAUUAUGAUGUUACAUAUGCCAGUCUCAACAAUCAAGAAUUUUAUAAUUGUGUAAUACUGAGCACUUUACUUCUUAAUAAAGACUUGAUAAAAUAUCAGA